GAAUUUUCCUACUUCAUUGGUCGAAUGUGAUAGUGAUAAAAUCUCGUUUGUUGAUUCAAAGUGAUUGUAACUGAACGAAACGCGACCUUAUAAAGAAAUACCCCUUAUAGAAUGCCGCCGAGUAGCUUACGAGUCGUGUACGCGUUCGCCAGAGAAAUGCAUCCGAAGACAACUGACAUUUUUAUUCAAUACGGCACUGCCGGAUUUCGCACAAAGGCCAAUUUAUUGGAGCAUGUCGUGUAUCGUAUGGGUCUCUUGGCCGUCAUUCGUUCCAGAGUUAAAAAUGGACGCACCAUCGGCAUCAUGAUAACAGCAUCGCACAAUCUCGAGCCCGACAACGGUGUGAAGCUCAUCGAUCCAGAUGGCGAGAUGCUUGAGCAGAGCUGGGAGGCGAUAGCCACUAAACUAGCUAAUGUCAGUGACAAUGACUUGGAAGCGACAACUGCUGAGAUUAUAAAAGAAGUGAAUGCUAAUAUGACACUCAAAACGAGUAUAUUCAUUGGAAUGGACACAAGAUACACAAGUCCCCGUCUAGCACAGGCGGCUGCUAACGGAGUCAUGGCGCUGAAGGGAACGCCCAAGGAGUUCGGAAUUGUUACCACUCCGAUGCUGCAUUUCUUCGUAAAAUGUCGUAACGAUAAUACAUAUGGAACUCCAACCGAGGAAGGAUAUUAUGAGAAAAUCGUUGGUGCUUUCAAGAAUAUACGUCAAAAGCUACCCGUUUACGGUAAUUAUAGUACGACGUUGUACGUUGACGGCGCUAACGGCGUCGGUGGAAAGAAACUUAAUAUCAUCAAGAAGACCCUCGAUGGUGAACUGGAUUUGAAGCUGUUCAAUUUAGGCGGGAACGGAGGAAAGUUGAAUUUGAAUUGCGGUGCUGAUUUCGUGAAAGUAUCACAGAAGCCGCCCGUCGGCGUGGAGCACGUGCCGAUGCAGCGAGUGGCCUCACUGGACGGCGACUCCGACCGCAUCGUCUAUUACUACGUCGACGAUAAAGAUAAAAUGCACUUGUUGGACGGCGAUCGUAUAGCCACAUUAUUGGCCAGCUACAUCACCGAAUUGCUGACGGCCAGCGAAGCGAAACAUUUGAAACUAGGCCUCGUGCAAACGGCCUACGCUAACGGUGCAUCCACUGCUUAUAUAACGCAGAAGCUGAAAGUCCCGGUGACCUGCGUGAAGACAGGAGUGAAGCAUCUCCAUCACGCAGCGCUUUCGUAUGACAUCGGCGUCUACUUCGAAGCGAACGGGCACGGCACAGUCAUAUACAGCGACAACGCUAAGAAGACGAUCAGCAAAAUUGCCGAAGAGGGGGAGUCUGAACAAAGGAAGGCGGCACAGUUGCUUCUGAACUUCAUCGACAUGACCAACGAGACGGUCGGAGACGCCAUAUCGGACCUGUUCCUCGUCGAGACGGUGCUCUGCGCUCGAGGACUGGACGCCGAGCAGUGGCUCUCCACGUACGACGACCUGCCCUGCAGACAAGUAAAAGUAACAGUACAGGAUCGUAAUGUGAUAUCUACGGCGGACGCGGAGCGCGUGUGCACGUCGCCCGAGGGACUGCAGACGCGUAUCGACGAGCUCGUCGCUGCGUACGCGGACGGACGCGCCUUCGUGCGUCCCUCCGGCACCGAGGACGUGGUGCGAGUGUACGCGGAAGCGGACACGCAGCAGUCAGCAGAUAAACUCGCGGCAGAAGUAUCACAGGCCGUUUACGAUUUGGCCGGUGGCGUUGGAAAUCGACCAGAGUUGCCAGCUUAAAAAACAUUGCGGGAAACAGUUCGGAAAGAAGCUAUUUGCGCACGUAGAAAUUUUACAAAUAAAUGAAGAUGACUUUUCGAAUAUCUUUUUCUUGAAGUUUAAAACUUCAGAACGAGAUUAUUUUGAAAAAAUAAUAAUAAUCAAAUCAGUCCUCGUGACUAAAAACAUUAGUCGCUCUAACAAAAGACGCUAAAUUAUGACAAAAAUCUUCGAAUGAAGAACUUAUUUUUGUCACUACUGUCAAUGUCAUAACGAGUGUUCCGUCUCAAUCUAAUCAGUCUAUGUGUGUAACACCCGAUAGCUGAGCUUCAAAUAAAAGCGGUUACCGCGCCUUUACAAUAACGAAAUUAAUGUCUAAUAAUAAUUAAAAUUAAUUUUACGGUUUAAUUUCGUAUUUUAUUUUUGACAGCAUUUUGAAUACUGUACAAUUUUCUUGAUCACAGAUGACUGUGAUGUUAUUCUCGAGCAUUUCAAUAUUGUGUUACCUACCCUCUAAUUUUGCAAAAAUUAAAUCUUGAAUUACAUGUUUUUUUUUUCACACUGAAAUUAAUGUUGUAUCUGAAACUCAAUAUAUUUGACUUACGUUUUUAUGUUCAUUUUAAUAAAAUUUAUUUUAAUAAUUCAAUAUAAUUCAAGAGAAUCCCGGAUGAGCGCAAGCUUUAAGGUACAUAUGGGAAUGGCUACAAAUAAUUAGUAAAUCCGAGACUGAACCGUAAAAAUUAUUUUAAUUGUAUCUACGACUCGUAAAAAACGAAAACAAUAAAUCGUAUUAACAAAUAAUUACAAUAAAUAUUAGAUUAAAAAAUGCACACAGAUUAGUUAAUAUUAGAAUGUCCGUUUGAGUUUCAUUGAGUUAGCUGUGUACAGUGUGAGAGUUUUUUAACGUUAUCGAUAGCGUAAAAGUUAACUUAUAUUUGUAUGGAUUGAGAUCGUUUGCGUACGUUUGCCGCUAGGGGCGCUGUUCC